CCAGCACCUCCUGCCGGCUGUCGGGGAGCCUGGGCGCGGGGCUCCUGCAGGCUGGGGUCUGCCAGUGGCCUGGGCAGUUGCCCUCGGGGGCAGCAGCUACUCCAGCUGCUACAGCUUCGGCUCCGGCGGCAGCUAUGGCGGCGGCUAUGGCGGGCAGCUUCGGGGGCGUUGACGGGCUGCUGGGGGGGCGGCGAGAAGGCCACCAUGCAGAACCUCAACGACCGCCUGGCCUCCUACCUGGACAAGGUGCGUGCCCUGGAGCAGGCCAACACUGAGCUGGAGGUGAAGAUCCGGGACUGGUACCAGAAGCAGGCCCCGGGCCCCCGAGACUACAGCCACUACUACCAGACCAUCGAGGACCUGAAGAACAAGAUCCUCACGGCCACCGUGGACAACGCCAACAUCCUGCUGCAGAUCGACAACGCCCGUCUGGCUGCUGAUGACUUCCGUACCAAGUUCGAGACCGAGCAGGCCCUGCGUGUGAGCGUGGAGGCCGACAUCAACGGCCUGCGCAGGGUGCUGGACGAGCUGACCCUGGCCAGAGCUGACCUGGAGAUGCAGAUCGAGAACCUGAAGGAGGAGCUGGCCUACCUGAGGAAGAACCACGAGGAGGAGAUGCUCGCCCUGCGGGGCCAGGUGGGCGGCGAGAUCAACGUGGAGAUGGACGCCGCCCCCGGCGUGGACCUGAGCCGCAUCCUUAACGAGAUGCGCGACCAGUACGAGAAGAUCGCGGAGAAGAACCGCAAGGACGCCGAGGACUGGUUCUUCAGCAAGACGGAGGAGCUGAACCGCGAGGUGGCCACCAACACCGAGGCCUGCAGAGCGGCAAGAGCGAGAUCCUCCGAGCUCCGGCGCACGGUGCAGGCCUUGGAGAUUGAGCUGCAGUCCCAGCUCAGCAUGAAAGCAUCCCUUGAGGGCAGCCUGGCGGAGACCGAGGGCCGCUACUGCGUGCAGCUGUCCCAGAUCCAGGGGCUGAUCGGGCAGUGGAGGAGCAGCUGGCGCAGCCUGCGCUGUGAGAUGGAGCAGCAGAACCAGGAGUACAAGAUCUGCUGGACGUGAAGACGCGGCUGGAGGCAGGAGAUCGCCACCUACCGCCGCCUGCUGGAGGCGAAGGACGCCCACCUGACUCAGUACAA